AUGAUUGAUGAUAUCAGACAGCUGCAGUCGACUAGCAGCAGUAUUCUAGAGAUUUGCCCAAGAUUUCGGCUACUUGUGAUAGGGAAGACCGGAGUCGGAAAGUCAUCACUGAUCCAGCAGGCAUUCAAAAUAAAUGAACAUAUUUCUGAACACAAACGUGGUGAAGCAGAUAUCGAAAGGGAAUUCAUUGCGGAAGAAAAUGAACGAUUUGUCCUCCACGAUAGUCAGGGGUUUGAAGCUGGCGAUAGCAUGAUUUUUAAGACUGCAAAAGACUUCAUCGACCGUCGACGCAAGGAGCCUAAACUGCAGGACAAGAUCCACGCGGUCUGGCUCUGCCUCUCGAUACCUCAUGCCGAUGGACGCUUGCUUGAGAGCGGGGUGGAGGAAUUUCUCAAUUUGAGGAAGGAAAUACUAGGCGAUAUUCUGCUCAUUGCUGUCUUCACCAAGCAUGACAUCUUUGUCGACAAAUUGGAGUAUGACGCUGGUGAAUCAUGUGAUGAAGUCGCGCUCGAAGAGCUUAAAGUUAACACAUUGGAUAAACUGUGUAUCCAGCCGCUUAAGGAAGCGGCUGGGAGCGACAUCCUGCACGCAACUGUUUCGACGAACGAAGAGUACGAGAGGACCAUAAGACAGCUGGUCGAUCUUACAACCACGAACGUCGAAAAAUAUGUUGCCUCAGAAGCGGCAUUAGCAAUGAUGAUAGCCCAGCGAGUAGACAUCGGUCUUAAACUUAAGGCUUCAAUUGCCAUCGGCGAGAAAAGAUAUUGGAGAGGUCUCGCUUCGAGCAUGAACUUCACCGGUUUUACCAUGUUAGACUGCUUGUCUGUGAUUCACAAGGACAUCAUUGACGUUUGGAACUUCAACGACCCUCAUUGUCACUUGGCCAGUGACCAGUGUAGCAGGGCGCUCUGGCAGGACAGGACGGGAGUGGCAGGGGUCCUGGCGCGGUGGCAGGAGUCCUGGCUCGUAGUCGGUAGUCCUUGCGUGUGUCGUAGUCUGGUUGCACAUGCGCACAAUAUCUCACAUUCAGCAACUGUGAUGGCAGGUUCAUGA